GUCUCAUUCACCACCCACCCGUCCAUCCGCAACCGCCUACCACCCGAUGGACGCGCCCAAAAACGGAGAGAGCAGCCGCUCAGCAAUGGACACGGAUGCGGCAGAGCCGACUCUGGCCAGCGGCACCGGAGGAGCAGGAGCAGCACCACCAGCCGCCCGCGCCGUGCCGGCUCUCAUCCUGCCAGACUGGGACCCCCUCCCGCCAAAACACCUCCACUCGUCGCUCGACCUCAUAUCCCUGCUCCACCUCGACGGCCUGUACAACUCGUACGUCCGCCCAUACUUUGACCCGGUGCCCGAGACGGACGACGAGGGCGGCGCCGACGGGCACGGCGCCGCGGCAGGCGGCCGCGACAAGCCGGUGCGCCCGCGCAAGAAGCAGGGCUUGAGUAAAGGCUACGUGGGGUUGUUGGAGGACUGUAUCGACCCCGUGCCUAUGGGCAGCCAGGCCGAGCACUCGCUCCUCCCGCUAGUGGGCGAGUGGCUCGACCCUCCGCGGCCGCUGGGCCCCGACGAGAUCCCCGAAGGCACCAUUACGCUCAUCUCGGCCGACAUCCUCGCGUCGGCCAAGCUCGAGGUGGGGCUCAAGCAGGACGGCUACGCGGGGGGCGAGAAGCUCGGCGUGCGCGAGGCCGAGGAGCGGCGGCGGCGCAAGAAGCAGGCGCGUCUCAGCCAGUCGGUCGCGCCGGACCUGCCCGACCUCGCGCUGCCGUCCCCGACGGGCGGGGCACCCCCGACGCCGAUCGCGCCGCCGAACCGCGGGCGCGGCACGCCGUUCACUGCGCCGCGGCGCGGAGGAGGCCCGCCUGGCUCAGGCGGCGGCGGCAGCGGUAGGCCGCCAUGGCCGCGCGCGUCGGCACCGCCGGGCCACGGGCCAGGAUACCGCCCCAACCCGGCAGGCGUGCGCCCCGGCACGCCGGGCACGCCGACCCCGCGCGGCGGCCCAACGCCCGGCACGCCUGGAGGCGGUGGCACGCCGCUCAAGCGGCCCGGCGACGGCGCGUACCCCGCCGCCGUGAAGAGAAUGCGUCCGCACGGCGGCGGUAGCCGCAGCGCAAGCCCCGCAGACGUUGGCGUCAAGGCCAUGUUCAAGGGCCAUCGUCGGACCGAGGAGCCAUAG